AUGUAUUCCGACAUUUUUGUCCUCUAUGUGUCACUCUGCACCCAAGUCUCCUGUUGCAUCUGCUGUAUCAUUCUUUACAGUCGUGAAGAGAAAUUAUCUCCGCAAGCGUGGAAGAUAUUCUCGAUCGGUUGGUAUGGACGGACAUUCGCCUUUGCGGUCGAGAUGGGACGAGCCGGUGCAAAGUCAAAGGCAACCAUGGUGUGCCCCUUACUCGCUUUGAAGGUGAUCCGUAAAAACGAAGACAUGUCUGUGCUGGAGACAUCUGACUCUCUUCCCUUCUGA